UGUGUGCGUGUGUAUGCAUGUGUGGACUGGAGUGGAGUGUUUGCGCCACAGCCUCUGGCCGGCCCCUACAGAGUCCAUGUAAAGUCCCAGUGCAGAGACCUAGCUCUGACAGUCGACUUCACAGACGAUAGGACACAUACACACACGCACACACACACACACGCGCGGCUCUUCUCUCAUGCACACACACACCCACACACACACAGAAAGAGAGAGACUCACACACACUCAGAACUACAUGGCUCAGAGAGUCACGCAAAACCACAACCUGUUCCCAGAGGGACCGCCGGGCAGGCCCAGGGACGUGAUGGUCAAGUCAGCCUCAGCGUAUGCGGACAUCCAAUGGCAGUCCCCUGUGCGUCAGCUGUCUCCGCGGGACCCUUACGGGUACGGGCACCCGCACCCGCACGGAGACCUGCCCCCGGUGGCCAGCUACGCGCCCGAGCCGGAUUACAUGGAGCCGGACGAUGAUCUCAUCAAGCCCAAAAAGCUUGUUAAUCCCGUGAAAGCCUCUAAAAGCCACCAGGAGCUCCACCGGGAGUUGCUCAUGAACCAGAAACGGGGUGUGGAGCCCAAGCCCGAGCUGCAGCGUGUCCUGGAGCAGCGGAAGAGGGAGCAGAUGAUCAAGCAGCGCAAGCAGGAGGACGAGGCCCGCAGGAAGAUCUCACCGCUGGAGCAGGAGCUCCUCAAGAGGAGGCGCGAGCUGGAGGAGAUGGAGCAGGAGCAGGAGAAAGAGCAGGAGGGCGGCGGGAGCAAAAACGCGCCAGAGUUCAUCAAGGUGAAGGAGAACCUCAGGAGAACGUCGUUUGGAAACACGGGCGAGAAGGAGGUGUAAAUACACGGAGAGAGAGAGAGGAGAGGAGAGGAGCGGAGCGGAGCGGAGCAACCAUAACUCCCUAGAUACAGGAAUACAGUGCAGGAGAACACAUCUACUGACGCAGGGGCGUAGCAGCAAAUUUUGGGCCCCAUGUACAAUCAGCUCAAAUGGACCCCCCCCCAUCCCCAUCCCCACCUCCCAAGCUAUAUAGCUACAUAAAUCCCAGAGGAGCAUCUUGUCACCAGGCUAGGCAGGCAGCCGCUUGGGGCCCCCAAGCCUAUAGAUGGUGAAUAACAGCUAAGACUUUAAACUACAGUAGUGGCGAUUUGUUGUGAAUGAUCAUUCUUUUGAAUUUUCGUUUGGGGCCCCAACUCACCCUAGAAUCGCCUCUGAUGAAUCCAACACUGUGUGGGCCCCCCUGUAUACAUAGGGCCCUGGUUACUGGGUCACACUUUACCCCCCUGUACGACGCCCCUGGAUUGACGGACAUGUGUAUGUGUGUGUGCAUUCUGUUUUUACGGGGAUGGUGUGAAUGGACACAAGUGCACAUACGUGUAAUACGUGUGUGUAUGGUGUGGUGCGGUGCGGUGUGGUGUGAUGGUCACAGGGCAGAGCAGAGGAGAGAUGCUGAGUACCGCCACUAACGACCUGCUGUCCUAACGUGGUUGGCCAUGACUUUCAGUGCCUUGACCAUCUCUCUCUCUCUCUCUCUCUCUCUCUCUCUCUCUCUCUCUCUCUCUCUCUCUCUCUCUCUCUCUCUCUCUCUCUCUCUCUCUCUCUCUGUCUCUGUCUCUGUCUCUGUCACACACACACACACACACACACACACACACACACACACACACACACACACACACACACACACACACACACACACACACACACACACACACACACACACAGCACACGCAUGCACAAAGCUGUAUAUGCUGGGAUGGGUGAGGCCAAAGCGCUUGGUCUGAGGAAGUGAGGAAGUGAGCUUUGAAAUAAAACAAUGUGCACAUGGUACCUGCUCCAAAAGCAUGCUGGACCUUCCAACAUCAACAAGACAUCAAAAUGUCUUCUUCAAACCUCCAGCGUAAACACUUAAAGGAGUAUGCCACUAUUUUGGGGAUUAAUACAGUUAAAAUCGUUGGCUG